UGCAGCACUUGUGUAUGGAGGAAUUGCGCCGCAUUCUACAAAACCACCAACAUACAGUUGGCUGGGAAUUUCGACGUCCAUAGAAGCCGUACCACUAGGACCACAACACAAAUAAAGCUGCAAUGACUGUCCUCGCAUCCACCUCUACUUCUCCCUCCGCAGCCGCGCCCCGCGGCAAGGCGGAAGGAGCCGGCCUAGUAGUAGACACCGUGGAACAAAAAUACCCCAGCACGACAGCCUCCAGUGCCGCAAACUCGACCUUGAGCACACCGAGGAACUGCACACAAGAAGAUGGUCUGGUCGACCGCAGUUGUGCUACAUCAACCGUUGGAAGUAGCUGUAAAGUCGAGGACGACGCAGAGCAAGUAACCAACUCGAAACCAGCGGCACUAGGGAGGUCCUCAACAACUACAUCUUCCACUUCUAGCAGCUCUGGUACAACUUCUAAAAACAUCCUUCGCAUGGUUCUCCGCUUUCCGUACACAAUUACCAACCUGUUUUUCCUACAGAAGAAAUUUUUGUCCCACCGGCUCCUCGGGUUUCUCUUCCUAGUUCAAUACGCGGCUGAAGUGUACCUGUACUUCACGGACUACGAGAAAUUCAAAUCUUCCAUUCUCGUCUGGUCUGUCCCUUUAACCGGGUUUGUGCAGUCUUUAAACGCGGCUCUAACCUUCCGUUUUCUCCCGCGGAAGGAAGACCCGGGGUUCGCGGCCGUUGCGGACAAAAUAUCACAGGAGAAAAGUGUUACGGUUUUAAACCGUAAUACAAUUUGUGUAAUACACAAAUUGUUGGAGUUUCUGCAUCACAAAGUUGUUCGACAUGGCAAUAAGAAAACCUGCUGUGAUGCGCAGACUAUAAGGGAAAACACAAACGAAAUGAGGCUGGACAGCAUUUCCUGCAUGACAGAGGUUGUCUGUCUUGCUUGAUGUCUCCGAUUAGAGUGUGUAACUGUAAGCACUACUUUUUUCCCACGAUACAAAAGCGUGCUGAGUUACUACACGGUGCGGGAGAAUUCGUUUUACGCGAUGCAAUAUCGAGUGCAAAAGUGUCUGGGUCUGGAGGGGUGUAAACUUGUCAUGCAGAUUUUCCACGAUGCCUGAGGUCUGGAAUGCGGGACUUAGCAUGACAGACUCUGCGAGGUCUCUGCCGUGCCUAUCCUGCAUGAGAAACUCCCUCCCAAAUAAUUGGUCGAAAGUGGACACCAGCUUGUAGCACUCAUGCAACACACAUUUUUGGACGCUUCAGAUUUACCAUGACAAGUUACCACCUUCCAGACCCAGACAUAUUUGCAUUUUAUAUGCAACUGCUGUGGAUCUGCUGCUAUUUGCAGUGUCCAGACGGGUUUUGGAGGGGAUUUUACGACGAGAAGGUGGUGAAGAAUUUAGGAAUAGCACCGCAAAUAGAAAUAGACCCGCACGCAGCAACGCUUUUUUCAACGGAAACGGUACCACCACCAGGAGGACUUGUUGUUCUGUCGGACGAAUCAAGCGUUUUUAGCAUGACAUCAAGUGUAGAAGUUGAUACCGCAAGAGCCGGUUCUUAUCAUGAUGUCCUCGGAACAGGUGGAAACAAGUUCUUCUUCUUUCAGAACAACAGCUUCAAACCGGUAUUCCAGCGCGUUUUCUUUUUCCUGUUGGAACCCAUCUUCGUCUUUUUCGUCUUCUAUUUCCGAUCGGUGUUCUGGCCGGUGUCCCGGAUCCGGAACGCGGUCAAAAACGCGAAAAACAAGUUAUUGUGAGGAAAAAUCUCCCCUCCCCAUAUUGAAUAGGCAUGUUCCUAAAAAUUUGUCAUGCUGAUUUGUGACCACAAAUCCUGUUUCUCUUGCAAGAUGGCAAAUCCAAAGCAUCCGCCGGCCUCUGCAGGCGAUUUGUAAUGCUGUUGCGGCUACAUGGUAGGCCUCUGCGAUGCUAAGCACCUACAGCAAAACACACCUACACAGGCUGAGGCUCCUUUUCUUGCAGUGCCUCACUGCAAGACAGAGCUGAUUUGUGUACACAAAUCCAGCAACAGAAAUUUCCUUUUCAAUCUGGGGAGGGGGGAUUUUUCACUUUGAUACAAAUCUCCCGAGAACGCCUGGAGCCUCACCGCGUCCGCCUACGCCAUCAAAGUAUUCUACCUGUUCGCGAAGCUAUCCCACGAAAAAACUGUUUCACUGUGGUGAUUUUGCAAGAUCCGCAUCGCAAGUUUGUUACACAUGACACGGAAAAUUUGCCAUGCGGGCAUUUCCAAUAGGGGAAAACACGGCUGAAACUCCAAUGUUCUAUGCAGGUGUAGCAACACAAACACCUUGGUGCUUCGUUCUCUGCAUCACAAGUUCGCAGUGAAGCAGUUUUUUCUUGCGAAAGAAGCAUUUCGUGUCCUACUUCCCGAAUUACUUGAUUUUUCUCGGCCGCAUAUCCUGUGUAAAAACGUCCCCACCCCAGAGUCAAAAUGGGGACUCUGCAACACGGAUCUAGAAGUUUUGGGAGUCACGCAUGACAAGUCUUUCUCUGUACUGUAAUGCCGCGGGUUAGCAAGGACAACCGCAUCACAAAUCCAUCCUGGUAUCCUGUUUACAGUAUCACAAAUUGCAUAACACGAUUGAAAAUGCCACCUCUCAUGGAAAUGCGCAUUACAAGUUUUCCUGUGAUUGUAAUUCUGCAUUACACCUCUGGGGUGGGGACGUUUUUACAGAGGAUACCGCAUCACGGAGGAGGACCGGUAUUUGCUGUACGGGAUUCAGGUGAUCGGCGCGUACGCAUGUACCAUCAGCAUUUUCAUCCACACCCUGAAAUUCAAAAACUACAUUGGGCCGAUGACGGCGAUGGUUGCCUACGAUGUGAUCAUUCCGGGGUAUUUCUACCUGUAUUGGAACAUGCGGCACGUGCUACUGAGAAACUACGACCUGUUUGUGAUUUGCGGGAUUUCUUAUGCAUUGCAAAAGUAUCUUCGUACUAGUAGUAAUCGCAGUCAUGCAUUACAAAUUCUUUUUCUAUAGGUAAAACCGCAUUACAAAUUGUUUUUCUCAUGCUGAGGAAAUUUGUCAUGCGAGUUAUACUAGUACGAUGGUUUUGCACAGGAUAUUUCUCUGGUUCUGAACCUCGGCCCGUUGCAAAUUUGGCACGCCUACCAUGCGGUCAUUGCAGCAGUCAUGAUUUUCGCCAGAAUACGGAGUAUGGGUGGACUCUCGAGUGGUGCGGGGGGAAGGUCUGGUGCGGGGCUUUCUCCUGUCCCGACCGAGGUGGGGAAUCUGUUCAGUUUUUAGAUUUCACUUAGUUAGGCGGAUUAUUCGUGAGUGCUCGUGCUGUUUUAUUUUUCCGCACCUUUACACGGAAGUUGAACACGAACACUGUGGGUUUUUUGUGGUGCAAUGACUAGGGUUGCUGUGGAUGAAGUCGAAGUGGAUCUAAAUAGGAAGUUGCAAUAAAAGAAGUCGUGGUGUUGAGUGAAGCACUGACUUGAGGACGCAGGGGAAACGUGAUAAAAAUUUUAACUCCAUAUGUGAUGAAGAACUGAUGAACAGUCUAGUGCAUUUCCAUUUCCCGGGUAAGAACGCAACUACCGCACCUACUUUAUUGGGCUGAACAAUUGAAAACAAAAAACACACACCCUGCUGACGCUUUGUCGUCGUUCACUUUGACACAAAUUUGAAC